UAGCGGAGCUGUUUCCGGAGCUUGGGUCGCCAUGGCAACCGGGACAGCCGCUCUGGCGAGUGUCGGAAUAAGCAGCUGCGCUGCCAACUCCCUCCUGCCACCUGCCUGAAAAGCGUAACGGAUUUUUAGGACAUGAAUCGCCAUGACCAUUGUUGCCUCCCAUAGUGGCUUACAUCAAUACAAAGGAGAAACGGACCUUGUCAACGGACUUACAAUUUAAAAAGUCAAGACACACAAGGAAAGAGGAGUGGUGGAAAAAGGAAGGCAAAGCGGUGAGUUACAAUUAUUUAUAUCCAGUUCAUUCCAGGCUGAUUUCCCCUUGCUGGUGUACUUGCCUGAAUAGCUGGUGAAAUUCAUCAUCAUGCAAGUGUUUCUCCUUCCCCCUUCUGCUAUUCUGGGGAUUCUCCUGUGCAGAUUUGGGGAAGAUGCAGGGAAUACCUGGCAAGGUGUGGGAGUCAGGUUGCACUUGGGGGACUGGCUUCCACUAGCUCAACAACUUAGGUGAAUCUGACUCAUUGACUCUUGUUCCUUGGCCAAUGGUUGGAGCCAAAGUAUCAUUUCCCUUGCUUCUGCUAUCCCAGGGCAACUGUCAGCUGAAGCAAAGUGCUUCCUUCCUACAUUCCUUCCUUCAUGAAAAAGCAAUCUUCCUGCAACUGCUCCUUCUCUGGCAAAUAGAUGGGAACAGGUUGAUCUUCCCCUUGCCUUGGUUCAACUUUCCAGUGGCUCUAUGUCCAUUGGCUGGUGGAAGAAGCCAGAGAGUACUUCCCUUUUACUUUCAGAUAAUUUGAGAUAAUGUGGAAGGUGUUUCACUCUUUCUUCAGUUUUUUAUUAUUAUUAAAAUGAUUUGGGGGGUGGUUGGCUUCACACUAAUUUCAGCUUGCUUUUAUGAGGUGAGAGGAUCUAUAGUAAUAAAGAGGCCAGGUGGUGCUGGAAACUGCUUUCUGAAACAACCACUAAUUCAGUGCAGCUUUCCAAUAAGGCCAACUGUCUAAUGUAUUAAAGUAUUUCUGUUGUUGCCUUCCCCCCCCCUCCAAUUCUGUAAUAACCUGAACAAAGAGUACCUUAUAUACCCAUAGAACAGCUAUGCUUUUAUAGACUCCCUCUGUAACACUUUGUUGUUUAAUACUCUACAUUGACUUUAUUCUGAAUUAACCCCUAAUGUGCUAUUCUGCUUCAUUUUCAGCUUUGAGGCAAAAAGAACUAUGGAAGGAUAUAUAUCAGCAUACAUAUUCAUGCACAUAUAUGCUGGUGUCUUUGAGCCUAUAAACACUACAUUGGUGUAAACCUUAUUGAUUAUUUAUGAUAUUAUUUUUUCACAUAGAAGUGAAAUAUAAGGAGGAUUAUCAUACACUUUUAGAUCACUCAAGGUCAUAUGUCUAGAUAUGCAGUAGUCCACAUUCUCAGUUUGUAGCAAGGUUUCUUUAAAAUCUGUUUGUGAAAUAUUUAGAUGAUUUAUAUUCAAAGCAAUAAAAUCGGAUUAUAUCCAAAUACUUGAACUUAAUUUAGCUGGGCUUUGUUAGUAUGUCCAUUGUAGAACACUGCAGGAUAUUUGGAGAAUAGUUCAAAUAUUUUCUUGAAAUACUGCCAUUGGAACCUGUCUAGUUAAUCUGUCAGGUAUCAUUUAUAUCCUUUACAUACAGUGCACAGUGUUUCUGAACAAUAAGGGCAUAUUUCUCAGUCUUGAGAACUUAAACUGCAAUAGUAUGAGAUGAAGGAGUUGGGAAAGUUUAUUUCUUGAGGCAGUGUGUGCUCUGAUGUGCACAAAGUUCUCCUUUUUGUGAGAAUUUUCUUACUUAUUUAAACAGAGGUCAAAGGGAAUAAAAGGGAAACUUAGCAGAAUGCAGAACUCAUAGGCAUCAUGGGUUAUGUGCGUCAUUUCAUCAAAGUAGCUGUUGAAGAAGUUAGGCACAAAAUGUUAAAUAUGACUCUUGAAAGCAGAUUGUUUCAAAAUAAUAUUUUAUUUUUUAAAAAAAUGCAUAAUAAAUAAUGAUUUUAUUCUGCUUGAUAAUUAAAUGUUCCACUAAAUGAAAAUUAUUUUGUUUGGUUUCAGAAAUGGAGAAUUCAUCUUCAAGCAUAGAAUCUGAAUACAUCAAGAACCUCCAACAGCAAAUUUACUUCCUUGAACUGGAAGCUAAUUUUCUUCGUGAACAAGCUAAAAAACACACCAAACUGCAACCUCUCAUUGCAUCUGAAACAGAACAAAUGCUGCGAAAGCUACAGGAAUUGCAGUCUUAUUUUGAUGGCCUUCAGCUGGAGCUAAACAGAAAAGAAAGUGGUUUGAACAUACUGAAGACAGAGAGGGAACAACUUAGUAACCAGAUCAACAUGGCUGAUGAGCGUCAUUCAAAGGAGAAGCAGGCUUUGGUAGAAGAAAUCAUAGCACCAAAGAGACAGAAGGAACAAAAUGACAGAGAGAUCUCUGCAAAAGAGGUAGAGAUACUGUGUGCUCAACAGGAACUGGAGCAGCAACAGAUGAACCUGAGUAACACAGAACAUACUAUCCUUGUACUACAAGCAAAGGUUAAGCAACGGUCAGAACAGCAGAAGACGGUGGAGUUGCAGCUUUCUGAAAAGAGGCAGGAGUUAUUGAAAGUUCAAUCUGCUGUGAAUGAAAUGGAAGAUAAGAUCUUUAAGAAAACAGUAGCGAUGCAAGAACAAAUCACUCACGAACUACGGAAUGAGAUAUCUCUCCUUCAUCAACAAAUACGUGAGAGAGAGCUACUGGCAGAACAGGAUCGUUUCUUAAGAAGUAAAAUGGUGGAUGAUUAUACAGCUUUGAACAAGGAAAAUUCUGCACUGCGGUCCAGGCUUUUGGAACUUACCAGGCAAACAAACAUUGAGAAAGCACUCAAGGAGGAGAGUUAUACAUCACACUCUGCCAGCAUUGCUCAGUUUCUUACUUUGAAAGAUCGUGAAGAACAUCUGCAACAAGAGAUCAAGAGGCACCAAGAACUCCUGAAGCAGGAAAAUAACAUCUUCCAGGAUCUUGAGGAUAAGAUUAGAAUUUUGGAAAAAGGAAACACAUCUUUUAAGUUAAGCAUUGCAACAAUGAGCAGUCAAGUAACUGAAGCUAGAGCCUUGUUGGACAGAGAGGAGCAGGACAAUGUUGAACUAAAAAGAGACAAAGUUCUGCUGGUCGAUCUUGCAUCUAAUCUACAGAACCAGCUCAUUGAUAAAGAAAGCAGUCUUCUACAGACUUCCAAUAAGAUGCUGCAGCUGGAUGAAGCAAUAUCAGUGUUAAAAACAAGGCAUGUGUUACAUCAGUGUCUUGAAUCAGAAAAAUGGGAUAAAAUCUCCAAAAUGGCAAAUUCCAUGAAGAAACUCAACAAGUCAAUGACAGAUGUUGUAGUCAAAAUGGGAAGAUAGGAAUCUGGUACUGUAGAUGGGUUUUGAUGUCUUAGAAUUUGAACACUGAUGAAUUUUAAACAACAUUUAUAUGGUGUAAUGUGACCUAGACAAUUAAUAGUAGAAAUUGACUCCCCUACGUUUCUACUAUUAGAGGUGUCUGCUGGAUCAAAAAUUCUUUCUACAAGCAGAGUGGCACACUUGGGUUUCACCUACAAUGUUUAGGGUUUUUUAUCUGUUUUUGUAGAACAUAUAAUUGAACAUUUUGUAUGUCCUCGUGUGUGUGUGUGUGUGUGUGUGUGUGUGUGUGUGUGUGUUACUUUAGUGGUUGUGUGUGACUUGCUCUUCAGUGCAUCAUAUUAGAGCACCUUCCGAUGGUAGUCUUAGCAGCUCUUAGUUGAUAUGGUCCAGCUUAAGCAUUUCCUUGGCUGGUUGUUUUAUAUGGUAAUACAUUGAUCUUUAUAAUUUAUAUAUAAAGUUUGAGCACUAAUACCUUGCCAGCAAAAAGUUCUGGUUAUCUGUAGAUGAAAAUCCACUGGCUUCUAUGAGCCUUCUAUGUUUAUGUUUAAAUGUGUCUGUUUAAAAAUAUGUACAAAUACCAAAACCCCACAUCUAUGGUUCUCAAAUGCAUCUUCCUAUUCCCACAUAAAUAACAAAUCUCUUCUUUAUCCCAAGUAGAAAUGCAAAUUGCAAAGGAGCCAACUUGCCCAAGAAAGCAAUUAAUAAUUUAUAUUCCACAAUAAUUCUGAUUCAAAACCAGUUCACAGGCAGAUUUCAGGAAGAUCAUCAUCACACAUGUAUAAAUUGAAGGAUGCCUUAGGCAGCUAUAUGAUCUUUCACACUUUUAUCGGUAAGAAACAAAAUUAAGAUGCAAUAUAAAGUUUGGAAUGUGCUGUGUUACAGACUGCUUCAGGCAGUUGCUCAUUUUAGGAACCCCCC